UCAAAAAAACAAAAUGGAAAACCAAGAUUUUAUUAUCAACAUGAAUGAUAAAGAAACUAAAGAAAAGAUUAGAGCAAUGCUGAGAAAGAGGAAGACAAAAGGAUCAAAAUGUGUGCUCUUUAGGGACAAAGUGGUGAAAUCAACACUUCAAUGGAUUCUCGUACGAAUGCUGCCGACUUUCUUAGCUAACUUCAUCUACAGCCCGGAUAAUGAAUGCAGAAUUGCCAAGGUCUUAUAUCGGGCAAUACUUGGCUUUCUUGUAGGAGUUUUGCUUUACAUUGUCAUGGUGAUGCCCAUCUAUAGCCCACAGGAAAGCAGCAAAUUGAUAUGCAUUGGCAUGGCAGCCAUAGUUUCACUAACCUGGACCUUGUCGGCCUGGUGUAGAUGUAUUACAGUUAUGGUGUUCCCCCAAAUGCUGGCAAAUAAGGCAAAUGUACUCAUCUGGAUCGUUGCUAUCACAGGAAUCUAUCAAAAUUUCGCAGUUAAUAUCGUAGCAAAUGCGCAGGAAAUCUUUAGGAGCGGUGUAUGUGUAAUGAAGAUGCAAGCAGAUCAAUUAAGGCUGAAGUUGGAAGUCACUACCAACAUAUUCAGAACCUUCAUGAAGGAUCUGAAGGUGUCGGUACUUAGUAUGAAGGACAACAUAUUUGGCAUGAAAAAAGCCUUUGCGGAGGUCAGCGAUGAAGUUGAGAGCAGGGAAGGUUAUAACGCUGAUACAGAGCGCAAGCUGGUCAAGGAAGAGGAGAAAAAACAAAAGGGACAACCCCUGAACACCCAGCAAAAGUUUGCAUUAAAGAACCUGUUGCGCUGUGAGGGGAUUAUGGAGGCCAAUGAAGAAAACUGCCACAAGUGGUUUCAAGACAAGUAUCUACAAUGCAAAGAGCGAAUUGUUAUUCCACUAAUUGACAAAUUAUUAUGCCUGCCCAUGAAAAUGACAUUCCUGUGCAAAGCCACCGAGGGCCUUCAGCUCUGGUGCAAGAAAUUUAACCCACUUCCAGAGAAUUUUGGGUCAUCAUUUGAUAAGGUCAACGACACCAUGGAAACACUGGAAUCUGGCCUUGAUAUCGACAUGGACAUUGAAAAGGCUGAUGAAUCCAGGGCUUUCAAAAACCCUUAUGAGACGGUCAAAGAAGCUGGCAGCAAGAUGAUUAAUGAAACAAAGUUCUCGAAGAUCAAAAGUGUAAUCAAAGUACCCAUUGUAUGCGGGGUGCUGAUCUAUUACCUAUUCGUCUCCUAUUUAUACGUAUAUAAGUACAAUCGCAAUAUCUUCCACGACAACAAUUACAUUACAACGUACUUCCGGCUGAUUGAUUGCCGAAGGAGAAGGAGGAACCUGAGGCACCUGCUUCCCCUACGGAGAGGGGAAUACGUGGACUUUAUCUUCCCAUUUAAGAUGAAACUACAGGGAGAAGAAAGAGACCAAGCAGCAAAGACUCUGUACAGCUGUAUGGUCUGCAUUGCUGUCUACCUGAUGGCUUUCUUUGUGGCUUAUAUAUUUGGAGAAACAAUGAACAUGAUGGAUGAGUACGGUAUUAUAACGUACAGCUAUUCAAGCCGCCACAAGCUUGAAUUUCUGAUUGAAGGAAAAGGAUUUCUUCCAAAUAUUCUACGUGCCACACUUGGAAAGCUGAAUACAAGCUCAAACGUAGAAUACAAUUUUGACAAUUCCAUAUGUGUGCCAAAAGCACAACCAUUUACAAGCAAACAGGUGUGCGGGAUAGUCUUUGGCAUUGCUUUCAUGCUACUGGCACCGGUUCUGCAAGCUUACGUGAAUCGGCUUCCAAGAGCGAUUGGCGCUAUCUUUUUUCCCAAGAGGGAAAAGGGGAGGAUUCUACACCUGUAUAACAAGAACCUUAUAAAGAGAGCCGCUUAUACAAAGUUGAAAAGGAAACAAGUCAUGUUGAAUGCAAAGCGCGCUGGAUUCCUGAUGUCGUCCUUCGUUGGAACUCUUUAUCGGCAAUUCAAAUUUCUAAGAAGGUUCUUGGUGCGACGCUGCAUGGUCUGUAAUGCCAAACAGACCAGAGAUUCUUAUGAGUGCCAAACAGAAGGCUGCUAUGUUAUAUAUUGCCGCCAGUGCUGGAAGGACAUGAGGAGGUACUGCUAUGCAUGCAUGCCUGUGGAUCACUAUGUAUCGGACGUCAGCGAAAGUGAUUAUGAAUUUGAGGAGCUCAAUUAAGAAUACGACUACAAACUGUCAAUCAUCUGGAGCGAAAUACUGCGGCUACACUGUAAUGCUACUAUCACUUGUAUCACUAUACUUGUAAUACUAAUAAAGGUUUUAA